AUGGACAAGGAGGAAGAGAACCACUACGUUUCGCAACUUAGGGACGUCUACAGCAGCUGUGACACCACGGGGACAGGCUUCCUGGACCGGGAGGAGCUGACCCAGCUCUGCCUGAAGCUCCAUCUAGAAAAACAGCUGCCUGUCCUUCUGCACACACUUCUUGGAAACAACCAGUUCGCCAGGGUUAACUUCGAGGAAUUUAAGGACGGUUUUGUGGCUGUGUUGUCAUCACAGGCUGGUCUUGCUUCCUCAGAUGAAGACAGUGGGUCUUUGGAGUCAGUUGCCUCCCGGGCUGUGCCCCCAAAGUACGUGAGCGGCUCUAAGUGGUACGGCCGUCGGAGCCAGCCCGAGCCCUGUGGCACUGCAGGUGGAGCCCCAGGUUUACAGGAGCAGCCGGCCAGACCCAGUGCGAGGAGCCAGCUCCGCCGCUCCGCGUCCCUGGAAAGCGUGGAGAGUCUCAAGUCUGAUGAAGAAGCUGACAGCGCAAAGGAGCCUCAGAAUGAAUUGUUUGAAGCCCAAGGCCAGCUGCCAGCCUGGGGUUCUGAGGUCUUCGGGAGCCCCCGGAAGCCCCACAGCCACUCCUUCGACACCCCUGAGAGCCGGGUCUGGGGCCUCUGGGAAGAGCUGGGUGUGGGCAGCAGCGGCUACCUCACAGAGGAGGAGCUGGCCCUGGUCUGCCAGAGCAUCGGGCUCCAGGGCCUGGCGAAGGAGGAACUUGAAGACCUGUUCAACAAGCUGGACCAAGAUGGGGAUGGUAGAGUGAGUCUGGAGGAGCUACAGCUUGGCCUGUUCAAUCAUGGGUCCCCUCAACCGCUGGAACUGGCCUCGCUUGUCAAACCCAGCGGGUCCUGGUCUCAUUACCAGGUCCCGGAGGAGAGUGUUGGCCAGACCACCACGUCGUCCCUCGUGUCCAUGUGCUCGGGCCCCCGCCUCUUCUGCAGUGUGGAUGACGGCAGCGGCUUCGCCUUUCCGGAGCAGAUCAUCUCCUUGUGGGCCCAGGAGGGCGUUCCCAAUGGCAGGGAGGUCUUGCAGAGGCUUGACUUCAGAGUGGACGAGAAGGUGAACCUUUUGGAGCUGACCUGGGCCCUGGAGAACCAGCUCAUGAUGGUGGGCGGGGCCGCCCAGCAGGCAGCCUUGGCCUGCUACCGCCAGGAGCUGAGCUUCUGCCAGGAGCAGGUGGAGCAGAUGGCCAGGGAGCGAGAUAAGGCAAGGCAAGACCUGGAGAAAGCUGAGCAGAGGAACCUGGAGUUUGUGAAGGAGACGGACGACCUACACUCUGCCCUGGAGCAGCUCGCGGAGGAGAAGGUCAGAUGUCUGGAGCAGGGCUACCAGGGGAGGCUGAGCCUCCUGCGAUCCGAGGUGGAGGUGGAACGUGAGCUGUUCUGGGAGCAGGCCCGGCGGCAGAGGGCCGGGCUGGAGGAGGACUUGCGGCGCCUGCAGGUGGAGGAAACCGGCCUCCGCGAGAAGCUGACCCUGGCCCUGAAGGAAAAUAGUCGAUUGCAGAAGGAGAUGAUUGAAGUCGUGGAGAAGCUCUCAGACUCAGAGAAGCUAGUCCUGAAGCUGCAGAAUGACCUGGAGUUUGUGUUGAAGGACCAGCUGGAGCCUCGGAGCACAGAACUCCUAGCCCAGGAAGAGCGAUUCUCAGAGAUCCUGAAGGAAUACGAGCUUAAGUGCCGGGAGCUACAGGACCGCAACGACGAGCUGCAGGCCGCCCUGGAAGGCCUGCAGGUAAAGGCAGCCCCGAGUUGGCACGGCCGCCUGUCCCCGGGACACGGCCCAGCAGGCACCGUCACGUUCGUGGGUGAUUCCGCCCCAGCGAGUAUAGAAACAGAGAUCAUGUUGGAGCAGCUGAAGGAGCGUUACCAAGAACUCAAGAUCCAGCUGGAGACCAAGGUUAAUGACCACGAGAGGAAAAUGGAGGUGACGAAAAGGGCCUUUGCAGAGGAGAGGAGGCAGCUGGAGCGGGCCUUCCAGCUCGAGGUUGGCGUGCUGCAGGGUCAGAAGGCCGAGUUGGCGACGCUGCAGGCGGAGUCGCAGGAGGUGGUCCGAGGCCUGCGGGAGCAGCUGCAGAGGAGGGCGGAGCUGGAGCGGGGCCAUGCGCACUGCCUCAGCCAGGAGAGAGCACGGCUGCAGGAGGCGCUCCAGAGGCUCAGAAUCAAGUUGGAAAAGCUUUCUGAAGAAAACACUCUCUUGAAAAAUGAGCUGGGGAGGAUCCGACAAGAGCUUGAAGCUUCAGAAAGGACAGAGGCUGCGCAGAGGAAGGAAAUUGAGGUCUUAAGGAGAGACAAGGAAAAGGCCUGCUCUGAGAUGGAAGAGCUCUGCACACAGAGUCAGAAGUGUAGGGAUGAACUGUCCCAGCUCAACCACAGGGUCCUACAGCUCGGAGAGGAGGCCUCUACCCACCAGACCCAAAGUGAGAAGGAUCACAUCACUGUCCAGCUGCUGACACACAGACUGGAGGAGGCCGUGCUCCGGGAGGAGCUGCAGGGUAACCAAAUCCAAAAACUUGAACUUGAACUUGACCGCGUGACUCAGGACCGUCAGAGCCUGAGACUGGCACAGUCACAGCUGAGAGAGGCCCUUGAAGAGAGUCGGGACCAGCUGUAUGGAGCCACCCAGAGGCUGCGGCUGGCCCAGUCGCAGCACGCCCAGCGGGUGCGGCAGCUGCGGGAGGAGAUGGCACAGCUUGUGCCCGCAGGCCGCGUGGCCGAGCUGCAGCAGCUGCUGGAAGGGGAGCGGCGGGGGGCACAGCGGCUCCAGGAGGAGGCCCAGGAAGCGCAUGAGAAACAGCUGAAAGCAGCAGAAGAGCGGGUGGAGGAGGUGGAAAUGAUUUUGAAGAACAUGGAAGUGCUCCUCCAAGAGAAAGUGGGUGAGCUGAAGGAACAGUUUGAAAAGAACACCCGAUCUGAUCUGCUGCUCAAGGAGCUCUAUGUGGAAAAUGCUCACCUGGCAAAAGCACUUCAAGUCACCGAAGAGAAGCAACGAGGUGCCGAGAAAAAAUCCCGAUUCUUGGAAGAAAAAGUUAGAGCUCUCAACAAACUACUCAGCAAGAUUGCUACAGCCUCCCUCGCUGUGUAG